AUGUCCAUACCCUCCUGCAAGGUCCUGCGGCUGCCGCCGGGCUUCCUGAACCUGUUGGAGGGGCUGGCUCUGGAGGUGCUGCGGGCACAGCCCCUCGACGUGGUGGCCUUCGCUGCUCAGCACUUCCAGCAGCUGCUGCAGCAGAGAGAGGGUGGCUCAGUUGACCCUGUGGCACAGGGAGCCCCAGUGGAGGAGCAGCCUCUGUGCCAGAGGCCAAAGGAGGACGAGGAGAAGGAGGCCAAGGGCAAGGAGCAGCAGCAGGCAGGCAGCGAGGCAGCUCACACGGAGGAUGCCAACAGGUCCCAGCGCUCCGCGUGCCUGCUGGCACCUUCCCGAAUCCAGGCUCUUUGA